AUGAACGCAGCCACAGUGAUCAGAGCCGCCCAGCACCUGGGAGGGAGACCCGCUGGCAGGUGUGCUCCCAGUGUGGCUGUUGCUUAUCGCACAUCUGGCACCUGCAAGUUGGACACUCACUCGGCUCACAACACGGCGGCACACGGCACCACCCAGGCUGAGGCUCCCACGUGGCCGCUGCUCACACCACACAGCAUGACUCUGAAAACAAGUGGCAACCGUCACAUCACAUUUGAUGAGGAUGAAGACUUUGAGAACCUUCCUGCCAUGGAGCCUCUCAGCAAGGCCACCAGUGAUGAAGAAGGUGAGGAAGAGGGUGAUGAGGAGUCCGAUUCCGAUGCAGCACCUGAAGAAGCGACCAUCACUGCAGGGAAGGAAGAAGCUCGGAAGGAGAAGGACACCCUAAGGAGUGAGGCAGACAGGCGCAGGCAGCUGAUGAAGGAGAAGCGAAAGCAGCAACAUGAAAAGAACCAGCUGCAGCAGGAGGAGAAACGCAAGCGUUUGGAAGAGCGACGCCUCCCUCAAAGUCUUUUGGAAGCUGCAGCUGCUGAGCAGAAGGCGAGGCUGGCACAGCGGGAACAAGGUGUUCCCUCCAAGAAGAAACAAGGGAAGAAAAAAUCUAUUAGUGAUUCUGAUGGAGACGAUGACGGCUUUGCUGAGGAUAUGGAUGAGGCCCCGAUCACCACAGACAUGGGUGUUAAGGUCCGAGCCUUGAAUGUAGAGACUAAGAAGACUAAUGAGCUCAGCAGGAGAGCGGUGGAGUUUCGGCAGAAAGCUUUGUACGGCAGCAACAAAAGGAGGAUGCCCAGUGAACAGCUGCGGGAGAUGAUGACAAAACAGAUGAAGAGUGGGAAGUCUGUGCGAGCUGGAGUGAAGAGGUGAUGACCCUCUCAGCGUGGAUGGAUUAUCCUUAAGGUGUGUUGGGUCAGAGGUCAUAUUCAUGCACAUUGCUAUUGAUACUGUUGUAGUAUUUGUUGGUUCUUCAUUUGCAAAUGAAAUGAAUGAUAAGUGAAUGUUGCAGAAGUAAGAAUAUAAGGAUUUCCUUUGUAGUUACUGUUAACUUGUUAAGACUAUGAAACACUCAGAACUCAGAAAGUCCCAUGUAUUUACAGUUUGUUAAAUACUGAUAUUUUCAUCCUUAUGUAUCCAUGGAUUAAGUGGGCUGGAACUUUUCAUAAUACAAGUGGUACAUAUGUUUCUUAGACGGCUUAUUUUCCGUUCAUAGAACCUGCCUCACUCAAAAUAUUGAAUGGCAAGACAAAAUUUGCUCACAGCAGUAAAGUGAACAGUCAUUCAGAAAAAAAACAGAGGAUUAUGAUAACUCCUCAGUGGCUUGAAUUUGGUUAUUGUUAAAUUUUCUUUUGGAGUGUGUUUUUUCAAAGCUGCUGGAACACUGUUUAUUGUUUAUAGAUGAUGAUGUAAGUGUCUUAGUGUCUGUAAGCAGCAUAUUACAGGAGAAAUUUGUUAAACUCAAGGUCUAAUUACACAUAUACAGCCUUGGUGGAAGGUGUAAAGUUGCCAGAAAGAUGAAAACGAAUGGCACGUCCUUGUGGAUCAAAGGAAUGUUCACUUCACCCAGGAAGUAGAACAGGCUGACCUUUAAUGCUUGCCACAGUUGAAGCCUAAGUUGAUCAUAUGCAUAUCUUAAUAUUUCACAUAAAAUGUCAUCUAGGUAGCCUCUGUGGAAUGUUUUUCAUGAUUGCAGAAUGUGAAUAAGUCCACUUGACUUUGUGUGUAAAACCUAGUUGAAAACAGCCUGACAAGGUUGACUAGUUUAUCAACAUGUAGUGACUGUAUCAACACUCCUAACUGUGUGUAUCUGUUAGUAAAUAGUAUCUGCAUGAAUUGUAAUAAGCAACUUGGGUUUGUUAUAAUCAUCAAGGCUGUUUACCACCUAGGGGUCUGGUUUUGAGUCUUCUGCUCUUAAUCAUUGCUGUAAAAGGAUUUAGGUAAGGAAUUGUUGAUACACUGAUGGAAACUGCUGCCUUAGCUAGUACUACUGCUUCUGCUAAGUCAUCUAAAAGAGAAAAGAAAAUAUAUUGAUAACACAAGUUGUUUUGUGAGUGUUUACUUUGUUUUACUUAUAAGGCAAAGGUGAAUGGGCAAACAAACACCAGCAAGUGAUUAAUAAGCAAGUAAGAUGAGUUUUGUUUAUUGCAGGCAACACCCUGUAAUAAGAGUUAUGUAUAAAACAAUAGAAACCUAAUUUUUA